CUUGGGCGGCCCCGGCAUGAGGGUUUUGUUUCUACUCCUUUAUGGAGUGGCCUUUGUUACGAGUGAUAUUCGCUCAGCUGCACAUUCUUCCGAUGGAAAAGAUUCUGACUUUGAGAGUCAUCAUUCAGUCCGUGUUAAAAGGACUUUACCAGAGGACAUCACAAAACGAAAUGGAGCUCAACUGAACAACGGUUUGUUUCUAAAACGCGUCUAUGUAGAGCCAGAAGAACCCAUCCAUGACGCGAUGACCAAUGCUACCCAGGCUGACGCAGCUUCCAGUAAGCGCUUUACAGUGAACACUCGCUAUGGACGACUACGUCUAAGUGGCCUUGGACGUAAGCCCAGACUGGCCCACAUCUGCUUCAGUAAACAUUGGAGACGACACGUGAAUUUAGUGAACGUUUGUCUGACUGUCCGAGCUCGACGAAGACGACGUUUGCGAGGAUUACGAGGAUGGCGCCGUAGAAGAAUUCUCUUCAAAGGUCGAUACCAUACAGUGCGACGAUGGAAGAGAGUUUGGAGAGUACAUGUUGGAAAGCGCUGGUUCCGAGUUCGUUGAACAGGCAGAUAUCAAAUUUAUGUCAUCAACACGUGGUCGACGUUGAUACGGCGUCGUGGUCGGUGGUACGUCAGAUACAAACGUGUACUUCACAGAAUUAUUCGGCAAGGUAUGCGUUGGUACAUUAGGUAUCGACGAAAACUGUAACGUCUCCGAAGAAAACCGACUACUUGGCGAAUACGUUUUGGCCGAAGGUGGUGCCGCCUGAAACGACGUAAAAGAAAGUUCUUUAUAUUGUUAAAUAAGCGGUGGCGACCUAUUCGUUCCCGCUUCAAAUGGCGCAUUACUUACCAUGGUCGACCCAUCAUGGUCAAGAGGAAAGGAAAUCGUUUCCAACCGAGGUAUGGCGGUCGAAAGCUCAAGUGGCGUCGUGGAUAUAGGCGAAGGCCAGUCCGACGUCGACGAAGAUACAAAGGAAGACGUGGGAGACGAAACCGUAAGAGAUACCAAAGGCGGCGAAGGCGGCGAAGGCGAAGGAGACGAAGAAACAGGAGGAGAAGACG